ACGGAGAUCUCGUCCUCCGUAGCUUCGCUGCCGCCGUAGUCACUCAUCGACUCGUUGCUGUUGCUAGUGCUACUGCCAGAGCUCAUCGUCUCAUUGCCCUCCUGGCUACCCGAGCUCAUCGUGUCAGUGGUUCCAGUGGGAGCGGCAUAGAUCGUUGGUGGCUCUCUACUAUUGACUCGCUCUGUUUCAAUACACACGUCUACGAAAUCCAUUGAUUUAGCCAUCGUCGUCGAUGCCUACAGCUCAGGGCGCACUGUGGCUCCAAGACCAAUGAAGAGCUACCAAAGGUAUCUAUGAUGCAGCUGUGAGAGGAUUUGUCGUCGUAAACUCUGCAGUACUUCACCUCUGCAGUAUCGCUUGAAAACUUGGAUAGUUGCAUUGCCUAAACGGCGGCCACUCCGUGGGAAGAGCACAACCUUAGUUAGAUGAAGGGACAACAAAAUAGGCGAGGAUAGUCAUCGAUGCGAAAGAUCUCCUAUGAGCUUGGCCUACUUCUUUCAUUCCGAGAUACCGGUACGCUGAAUCCGGAGCCAGUGGUCUCCGGUCAUCUGGCCACAAAGGGUAUCCAUACCGGCAUGUAUCGGCGUCCAAAUCAUCAAGCACUUUCCAAAAACAUAUUAUGAAGGCAAAAAACUAAAGCUAUAUGUUUUUGGGACAACUCUAGUGUUGCUUUUGCAGCACGAUUCGCCGGCGUGAUGGUACUUAAAAGAACCGCGGGCCCUCACUAUUCAAAAAAUUCAAUCGUGGCUCAUACGUGUAGUAAAACUAAAGUCACAUUUUGGGAAUUUUUUAUUCAAUCUUGUUGGUGACAGGUCGAAUGAUCAACACUGUGAAGUUCUCAUGGCGAGCGGAUAUUUGUAGCCUGAUACCGGCUAGCUAGUAGCUCUCCGGCUAGAAACUUGACUUUGUGUUACAAGAAUAGUACAAAGCAACCUUCUCAUUUCAAUAUUCCCAUAACGGACACAAGGCAAAACCCCAUUUGCUGUAGAGAUACCUUGGCGUUUAUUUCUUGCCCGUUUGUUCGCAUUGCUUGCCCUGUUGUUGAUCAAAGCAUCUUACUUGACAAACGUUCCAUCAUCUAGCUAGAAGACCAUUUAUCAUGAUCAACUUUACCGCAGUCGUCCGCAAAUUUGCGGGUCUCUUUCUGCUGUUUGCAUUGUGCUUCCGAGCUGCGCAAGCCAAAACCGUACGAGGAUUAGAAGAACUCGAGAACGAUGCACAGCAUGUUGCUCGCAGGGCUCAACUUGCCACUCCGGGCCCCAUGGCUCCCACGGCAACACCCGUUGCAACUGUUGAAUACAAAUAUGGGAUUGGUGUGGGAGUGACAUUGACUGUUCCUGCUGCUAGCGUCCCAGAAUCAGAGAAGAGAGCAUUGGAACGACUGACCCAGACCUUCUUUACGAGAGUUAUUGCCUCUACCUAUCCCACGUCUUUUUAUGAUAUUGAUCUGACCUCGGUCGCAAGAGCAAACUUUGGUGAAUUCACUCUUGGAAUCGGUUUCAACACUACAACAGUCUUUCGACUCGAGGGAAAUGUGCCCACAAGUGAUGAUGUCUUUAGUACUCUAGCCCGAGCCACUACGCUUUACAGCUUCGAAUUCCUUAAUGACUUUGUCCAAAUGGCUGGGCCUAGUUUUGCUGAUGCCGUAAGCGCCCAAACACAAGUGAUUAUAUUGACCACGCCAUCUCCCACUGCAGCGCCUAGCUCGUCGCCCAGUUCGACUCCAAGCUCCUCUCCAAGUGUAUCUCCGUCGGCAAACCCAACCCCAUUGGUCCCGGUGCCAACUCAGAGCAGCCGACCCUCCGCUAUCCCGUCGUUGUCUUCAGCGCCUUCUGAAAGUCCCAUUACACCACCCUCAGCUAGUCCGUCGACAACUCCUUCCGAAACGCCCAGUCUUAGUUUUAACCCUUCAGCAAGUGGAAUAGUUCCCAGUCUGUCUCCAAGCGCCACGCCAAGCGUGUCGCCAAGUGUCUCGCCAAGUAUGUCUCCGAGCGUCUCGCCAUCCAUGAGUCCCUCGAGCUCCCCAUCUGUUUCUCCUUCGACAUCGCCAUCGUCAUCUCCUUCAAGGUUCCCAUCUAGAAGCCCUUCGAUCUCCCCAUCUAGAUUCCCCUCCAGAUCCCCAUCUGUUUCUCCGUCCAUGACGCCCAGUUUUGAGCCGAGUGGAGGUGGAACGGAAGUCAUGCCACGCCCCCGUAUCAGGUUUGCUUUCUUCAAUAACGCUGGAGCUGACUUUGAAGAAAUCACUAACGAGCAAAGAGAGUGGGUGGAAGGAAACAUUACGGACUUCUUGGAUGGGCAAUACGGAGAUGAGUUCAAUACGUACGUCAUGUCGACUUCGGACAGGUCCAACUUUCCAUCUCCCCCGCUGGGUUUCCAACAGAGGAGAGAUUUCAAUGCAUACUUUUGGUUGAUGGACAUGAUUUCCAAGUACCAAGAUCCUGUUCCAAGCUCGGACGAAGUUACGUUCUAUCUAUCGAGUACAGAUUCCCCUCUGCAAGGACGCUAUGGGGAUUUGUUGAACCGAAUUAGGGGUGUGGCUCCCCAGUUUUCAAAUCUGGCCAUGCUGCAGGUUUCCACCGACGCACUCCCACCCCUCACCCGUCUUCCAGCAGAGUGGCAAAAGAAAUAGACGGGCAGCGCAGGGAGAGGAUCGACAGUCUGGUCCGACGUUUUGUGCGAUCCUAUCAUCAUCAGUUUAUUCAUAACAACAAUCUCAUAAUAGUUUUACUAAAAAGGAUAGAUGUGUGUAUUAUUU